UUUUAUCCUUGGUAUAUACACGACGUCACUGUUAAUUGAGGUUAUAAACAUAUCAACUAUUCUCUUUCCUUCGCGUUAGCGUAGUGUUCGCGUUACUUCAUUUUACAAGUUUGACAAUAAUUUGACGUUUUAUAUUAUAGCAAAAUGCCACCUAAAAAUGAGAAAAAAGGUAACUAUAAAUAAUUCUUUUAUAUUUGUAUAGAUCCGCAGUUACAUAAAGUAUAUGUUUUGUAAAUUUACUAACCUUCCUUCAGUCAUCACAAGCACAUGGCUUAUUACUUAAGUUCUAUUAUGUUUGCUUUGUAUAAUAAUUGUUACCUGUAUUAGAAAUGAUCAUUAUGGUACCGUAAAUUGUAAUUCAUAUGAAAAGCCACAUAUGAACUAUAAAUUUCAUUUAUAGAUCGUGUAAAAUUUGUGUUCAAAUUUGUAUAAUACCUAUCUACAUUGUAUUAUAAUCAUAAUAUCUCAAACACUAAAGUCUCUCUUAGUACCUAUAGUUAAUUUCAUUAUUUUCUAUGUGCUUAUAAAAACUAAAUUAAAUUAUAGCUACUUUAUUUAUGUUCACAUAUUUGUCAAUUUUAUACAUUUUAUUUUCAUAUUAUGGUUUUUUACUAACUACCUGAACAGCUAAUUACAAUGUAUGAUAUUCUAUAAUAAAUAUUAUCAUAAUUUUUAAUUGGGUAAAUUACUUCAAUCAUUUUGCUUUAAGACAGGUAUCUAAAUGAUAAAAAUUGUAUGACUGGUGAAAUUUGGUAUUAAUUGACUAUUAACUAUUUUACUCGGGCUAAACCAGACUUGAAUAAUUUUAUUGCUAUCAAUUAUAACUACAACCAUGUUCAAAUAAAAAAAAAAAUUAAAAGAAAAAUAUUUAUGUUUUAAGUAUUUGUGUUUUAGGUGAGUUUCUGUAAUCAAAUUAGCUAUUAGAUUAUUUGAAUCUAAAUACUAACCUUUAACAUUAUAUAGCAUAUAUAUUAUAUUUUUUAAAACUAAAGAUUUAUUUUACCUAUUACUUGAUUAUGAAUGUAUUUAUGUAGGUAUAAUAUGUUUUAUACAUUACCUAUAUACUGAACAUAAACAACUUAAAUAUUAUACUUAACUAGUUGUGUAUAAUAUAAGUGUAAUAAAUGUACCUAUCUAUUGAAUUGUAGAAAGGUUAUCUACCCUACGGUUGUUUAUUAGAAUGUUAAAUGUUUAAACAAAACAAUACAUUUAGCAUUCUUCAAAGAUUAUAUUUUAUAAACUUUUAUCUUAUGCAUUUUUUAAAAAAAAAAUUUUUUUUUUGAAGCCAAACCCACUGCCUCUGGUAGUGGUAGUGGUGAUAAGAAGUCAUCAGGUAGUGAAAAAAAACCUGCAGCUGCUUCAACUGAGAAGAAACCAGAAAAAAAGCAACCUGCACCUGCUCCAUUACUUGAUACCAAAAAGCCUUCUGAUAAGAAGUCAGCUGACAAAAAAUCCGAAAAGAAAUCAGCCCCAGAGAAAAAACCUACUGCAACAGCAGUAACUGAAAAGAAACCCGCUUUGGAAAAGAAGCCUGCUCCAGAAAAGAAAUCUGCCCCAGAAAAAAAAUCUGCUCCAGAAAAGAAAUCUACUUCGGAGAAAAAACCUGCUGCUGAUAAAAAAGCAGCACCAGUGGAGAAGAAACCUGCCGAUAAGAAGAAAGCUGCACCAGUUGCUGCUGAGAAAAAAGCUCCAGCUGAAAAGAAAGCUGAUCAACCUAAACAAGGAAAGAGUGCAGAUAAAGGUACUAAGCGACCAUCUUCUGAAACUGAAAAACCUGGACCGGCUUCUAAGAAAUCUACCGCUGGAAAGGCUGAUGGCAAAGCUAAGAAAGAAGCAGAAAAGCCCAAAAAGGAAACAGCUUCCAAGAAAAAAGCUGCUGAUGCACCAAAAUCUGCCCCGGCUGCUAAGAAAGCUCUGAUUGACCCAGCCGCCCCGAAACCAGCUAAGAAGACUGCCCCUAAAAAAGAUAAGUCCAAGACUAAAGCCAAAACUGGAGAUAAAAAAGAUGCCAAAACUACUGAUAAGAAAGAUACCAAAACCGAUAAGACCAAGAAGAAGGGAAAAACCGCUGCAGCUAAGAAAAUGAUCAAGGGCGCUGCAGCUGCUGCUGCCGCUAAACUCAGAAAAGAAAGAAACGCAGAAAAGGCUGAAAAGAAGGGUGUUAAAGGACUGAAAGUUGGAUCGAAACGUGAUGCUGUGAAAAAGGCUUUAAAAUCCAAAAUCAGAGUUAGUUCGUGUUUAUUUUUUGGUUUAAUACUGUAUUGAUAUGUGAAUAUUUUUAUUUUAAGUCUUAUUUUUUUUUAGACUUUGAAAGGACCCCAUGGUACUAGAAUUCGUAAAAUCAGGUAUUCUGUACACUUCCGUCGUCCUAAGACUUUCCAGCCACCGAGAAAUCCAAAAUACCCAAGGAAAUCUGUUCCCAAGAGAAAUAGGUAAUAAAUAAAUGGUUUGAUGUAUUAUAUUUUUUUGGAAAAAAUAAACUAAUGUACAUUUAUAAUUGAACAAUUAGAAUGGAUGCAUUCAAUAUAAUCAAAUUCCCUUUGACAACUGAAUCUGCUAUGAAGAAAAUUGAAGACAAUAACACCUUAGUUUUUAUUGUACAUUUGCGUGCCAACAAGCACCACGUAAAAGCUGCAGUUAAAAAGAUGUACGAUAUCAAAGUGGCUAAAGUCAACACUUUAAUCAGGUAAAUUAUAUUUUUGAUAAUUUCAUGUGACUUAAUUAUCUGUUAUAUUUUUGGAAGUUAGGUAAUGAUAUAAUGAGAAUCUUUCAAAAGUUAAAGUAAUCAACUUAUAGCUAAUACAUUAAUAAUGAUUUCUUCUGAAUGUAUGAUAUGUCUUACUGAUUUCACAAAUUAUGCCCCAUAAGUUCUGAUAAAAAAAUAUUCCUUUCUUAUAUUGGUAUAAUUUACAUACAUUCACCCCUACUGUGUUUUUGAUGCUGAUAUAUUGUAUAUUAAUUGUUCAAUUUUUCUUUAUAUUAAUUUUAAUUAACUUAUCAUGCCAUUUAUUUGAUAUUCAUAUAAAUAUUAAAAAAAUAAAAAUACUAUUUAUGAUGAAUUAAUGUUUUAAACUACUCUUAUAUAUUUAGUAUUAAGUUAUAGAUCAUAACUUUUGUUAACUUAGUUUGAACAGAAAAUAUGCAUGAACCAUUAAUAUAUUUAUUGAGAAUCUAUAUUUAAAAAAUCUGAUAGUCAUUUGUUUGGUAUUAGUUUUUUUUUUAAAUUCUACUAAUAUUUACAGCAAUUUAAGUAAAGUGAUGACUUUGAGAAUAUCAUAUAUUACUUUUAAUAAAUGAUCUUAAAAUAUAUGCUGAUUAAUACUUAAUUGGUUGUGAAUAAUGUGAUUGAUGAUUUAUUUAUUAUGUAUUAAAAAAAAAACAACAUAAAAAUUGGUUUGUAAGCUAAAAAAUAAAAUUAAUUAAAUUAAUUUAAAUAAUUUUAUUAUUUCAUUACAUUUUCCAAACUAAAAGUUGCCAUAAGUACAAAUACAGCUAACAAUGUAGAAAUGACACUCGUUCAGCUGUUCAGGUUUUAUUUACCUGUCAUCUGGAGUCUGAACCUCUUCCAAGAAACAAAAAAAUGAGCCUGUACCUUUUUUUUUAUUUAUUGUUCUAUUACAAUUUCUGAAAAUUGUAAUAAUAAUAAAAUUGUGACUAGUAAUUUUACUUAAAUAGUGAUAUUAAUUUAUUAUAUGAUGACUUGUUGAGAAUCUCUCAGAUUUUCAAAACUAUAUGAUCGAAAAAUUUCUGUCUGAUAAUAAAAAAGUAUAAUUAAAUUAAGUAGUAGAAUAGGACUAUAUAAAAAAAAAAAAAAAACUAAAAAAUAAUUACCUUAAUUUAUUAUAUGAUGACUUAUUGAGAAUCUCUCAGAUGUUCAAAACUAUGUGAUUGACAAAUUUCUGUCUGAUAAUACUCAUCUACAUGGUAUAAAUCAAAUGUGCGCACAAAAAUAUUAAUCCAAAUAAAUAUAUACUUAUAUUUCAUAAUUCAGUACUAAAUAGGUAUUCCUGUAAAGGUUACUAUCUUGAGUUGUUUGGUUAAAUGUGUGACGUAUUGUUACAAGCUGUUUGAUAAAUUGGCAUAAUGCCCCAAAUUAAAAAAACUGAUUUUUCUGUAUUUGGAUGGUCAGCCAUUGUCAUAUAUUUUUAUUAUUAAUUAACAAACCACGCGGCAUGUCCUAACUUAACACUGCGACUAGGUUUGGGCUACAUUUACUAAUAAAUUGAUGUUACAAUUUAUCUGACGUGGACUGUAACACUUAAAGGGCUAUGGGGGAAGAAAGAUAAUAGUCAAUAUUCCUAAAAUGUUCAGUAUUGCAGUUUUAAAGUUUCAGGACUAUAUUUAAAACCUUAGUUAUAUCACUGACUGUGAUCUUUAUACCCAAACUUAAUUUGAAUGUCAAAAUUCAGACAGAAUCAAAUGAUAAUACUAUAAUUAAUUUUCCCCUUUGCCUUUCAUUUCUUAUGUUAUACUUACCAAAUAAGUCUGUCACUGUUAGGACAACUUAAAUAUUGUAAAUACUAAUAUUAUAUAUGGUUUGAGUAAUUUAAAAACUUUAAAUGAUGACUUUUGAGAAUAUCAUAUAUUACCAAAUUUUGUAAUAAAUGAUUGAAAAAUUUGUUCUGACAGUUUUUAAUGAAUAAAAUCUUGAUAAUAUUAUUUAUAGAUCAGUUUUGACACUAUUUUAUAGUUGCUAUUAUUUAUGUUUAUAUGGUUCUUGAAUGGUUAAAAAAAACUUAUACCAAACCUUAAUAAUAUUUUUUAAAUUUUAUUUAUUAUUUUUACUAAUUUUUAUUACUUUUUUUUAGGCCUGACGGUAAGAAGAAGGCGUAUGUACGAUUAGCACGUGAUUAUGAUGCAUUGGAUGUGGCAAACAAAAUUGGUAUAAUAUAAAUGUCAUAUUGUUGUAUAUUCACUUCUAUUUUAAUAUUAAAAUAAAAU